UAUUAUAAAAAUGGAUGAUGCAAAGCUAGAGGCAAAUUUCCCCCCAGAUAGUUCCAGUAAAAUGCAGGUGGAGUGGAGCACUUUGGGGAAUGAAAGGGAGGAGAGCAUCCUUCCCCGUUGUUCUUGCUGCGGCGUAACGCAUGGGUAAAGUUGCUUAUUUUUGGAUGCACGGGCUGGUGUUUGUGGACCUGACCACCGGUGUUUUGUGUGCGUUUGGGAAUGAGACGUGAUGUGGGUUGGUCCUCCGAGCAGUGCGACAGUGAAAUGUCUCACGACGAGUAUCUUUAAGACAAACACCGCGCGUCCAAGCGAGGUGGAGAAAAAAAAGGAGGGGGGGGACAGCAGAGGCAGACAAUGCGGUUCUGCGAUGCGUUUAUUCCUCCGUACAAUUUACGCCCACAUCCACGAUAACAUGUUGUCAAGAAGCUGUGGGAGGGUUCCUCGUAAUUUGGCUAAUUUUCUUUAUUUUUAAUAUUGGAUUGACCAAAAUUUCCUUACGAUUUGAUUGAGAACAAAAAUAAAGAUGAAAUUUCCAAUAGAAAACCCAAGGAAACAAGUUAACUGGGACCCCGAACAAGUGGCGGUCCAGACCAACUUGGUCCCUCCCAAAAAGGUCCAGUCUGGCAUGACGAAGUCAAGUCUAGUCCAGGCCAGCGUGGCCACCAUGCAGAACCCCAUGGGCUGCGACCCUAAGGCCAAUGGUCAUUGUCCACUCCCACGCCUGUCCAUCUCCUCCCGUUCUGCCAGCGUGGUAGCCAGCAUGGACGCUAGCUGUGACGGCAUGGCCGCAGCACUCCACUCAGUGAUGAAGUGGAAGACGGUGCUGGCGGUGUUCAUCGUGGUCGUUCUCUACCUGGUUUGUGGAGGUCUGGCAUUCAGGGCACUGGAGCAGCCGUUUGAGAGCAACCAGAAGAACAGUAUCACUCUGGAGAAGGCUUUGUUCUUGAAGAGACACCACUGUGUUACUCCUAAUGAGCUGGAGGCACUCAUCAAGCAUGCCAUAGAUGCUGUGAGUGCUGGAGUGAGUCCUAUUGGAGACACAUCAUACAAUUCCAGUUACUGGGACCUGGGCAGUGCCUUCUUCUUCGCUGGAACUGUCAUCACAACCAUAGGUUAUGGAAACAUAGCUCCAAGCACGCAGGGCGGGAAAAUCUUCUGCAUCCUUUAUGCCAUAUUUGGCAUCCCUCUCUUUGGCUUCUUGUUGGCGGGGAUUGGGGACCAGCUGGGCACCAUCUUUGUGAAAAGCAUCUUGAGGGUUGAGAAGAUAUUCAGGCAAAAACACAAACAGAUCAGCCAGACUAAGAUCAGAGUGACGUCCACCAUCCUGUUCAUUCUGGCUGGCUGCAUUGUUUUUGUCACCAUCCCUGCUGUCAUCUUUAAACACAUUGAGGGCUGGACCGCACUGGAGGCCAUCUACUUUGUUGUGAUAACACUCACCACAGUGGGUAUAGGAGACUAUGUGGCAGGUGGUGAUAGCAGGAUCGACUAUAUGAAGUGGUACAAGCCUCUGGUGUGGUUCUGGAUCUUGGUGGGUUUGGCGUACUUUGCGGCCGUCCUCAGCAUGAUUGGAGACUGGCUUCGAGUACUGUCUAAAAAGACCAAAGAAGAGGUUGGGGAGAUUAAAGCUCAUGCAGCUGAAUGGAAGGCAAAUGUUCGAGCAGAGUUCCGUGAAACGCGACGUCGUCUGAGUGUUGAGAUCCAUGACAAGCUCCAGCGGGCAGCCACCAUCCGCAGCAUGGAGCGCCGACAGCUCGGCCUGGAGCAGCGAGCUCACUCCCUGGACAUGCUGUCUCCAGAGAAGCGGGCCUUGUUCGCCAGCUUGGAUGCCGGCCGCUUUAAGACUUCCUCCCAGGAGAGUAUCGACACCAAGCUCAACAACCUGAGGCUGAAGGGGGCCUGUGAGCCAUACGACCAUCAAGGGAGUGAGCAAACGCCACAAACGGCGUCUUCCUCUGAGGAUAAUCUCUUCAACCUGCGCUGCGGAUCCCUCACCAAGCUGGCCAGACGCAACAAGAACCGCGAGCUGCGGAGGAACAUUAAUGACGAUGUGCGACGGGCUAGUGUAUGUGUAAACAAUGGCAGUGCCAUGCUGGGUGAGGAGAGGACGGAAGAAGAAGAUGGGGAGCCAGAUGAGGAAAACGGAGAAAGAAAAGAGGGAAACACCAGUCUGACAAACCUGUCACAAAACGCAAUGGAGCGCAGCAAGUUGAAUGAGUUCACACCAGUGCAGGCCAAAGAUAGCGAACGACUAAGCAUUGAAUGGAAAAGUGCCUCAGAGAGAGAGAGAGAAACAGAGUGAAAGAUAGAGACUGAGACACAGAACAAGAGUGCAUGGACCUUUGAGAUGUCAGUAAAUGUGCCUUUCUGUUUCCUAUGCUUAGAUUGGAACUGCUCCCAGGAAAUCCAGUCAUCACGCCAUAGCCAUGGAAAGAAAAUGUGUUGCCAAAAAAUUGAAGAGACAGAAGAGGCUGCAGUUAAAAUACGUAUAGGAUGUUACUGUAGGAUGGGCAACUUAAGGAAUUUCCUCUCUACAGGAGCUAUCUUUUCAGCUUUGUUGUCUUUCAGCCUCGACUCUUGGCGCUUAAGAGACACUUGGGCAACGGCUGUCUGUUAAUGUUGAAUCUUAUCUCCUAACAAUGUGGGCAGGACACGCAGAGAGCUAGCUUCAGGUCAUCCAUCUUCAGAAACAUUAUGGCUCUCCGCUUCAUCAUCUCAUACUGUGGUGGCUAUUUUUAGCUCAGCUACCAAAGGACUAGAACGUUAAAUGAAUGGAGGGUGGGAGUUUUUUUUUCCGCUGGAUCAAUAGACAAUACCAACACUUACCUGGGUGACAUAUACAAUUACUCUUGGUAUGUGACUUUGGAAAUGCAGCCUAAGGGUAUAAACUCUGCUACAUACUAAGAGCUCAUAAAAACAAACUAACACCUAGAUUGUGCAUGGUUAUUAAAACAAAACCAGAGCAGUUAAUUGACUUACUUGAAAGCUUGAAAUGACAGCAGUAAUAAUGUUUAUUUUUGUUUAAAUAAAAUGAAAUGUGCCGCUUUCUUUCACAUUUUGUAAAAAAAAAGAUGUAUUUCAGUAAUGAUUGCCAACAUUGUGGAUGAACACCGAGCUUCACCUGACAGACACAUUUAAUCACCUUUGGCCAACAGAUUGUCAGCCAUGUUGAAAACUCUUUUUUGUAAAUGACAUUCACUUUUAUCACAAAUGUCUUCAGACUUUUUAAUUAAUGAAUGUGAUGCUGUUGAUUUUGUACUCAUCAAGCAUGUUUGCAUCCGUGUUUACUCCUUUUUAUAUCAGCCAAGCACUUAAGUUCAAAUUUCAAUUGAACUGUAACGUAUGAACUAAACAUGUAAUGUUUCUUUUUUCGUAUUUCUUUUCUGAAACACGGUCAAACAUUGUGGCUUCAAUUGUCUUCACACUGAAAUGUGUUUUCCUGCAGUUCCUAGAGGUUGACUCAUUGAAAUAUUUGACACAUUUCAACUUUAUUUGCUUUUUACAAACAGGCCCUGACGCUACUACCCGACGCCUUCUUUACAUUUUUGAAGAAUUAUUAGAUUAUAAAAAAUUAAAGGCGAAUUAUACACACACUGGUUGUACUUGUAACCUGUUUUAUCUGAUAUCCUUUUCAUGACUCGACAAGUUUGUUGUGUACAGUUUUUUUUUUAAUGAACAGAUCACAUUAAAUGUAGUGAGUGCCUUUCUCCAGAUAAUAAACAUGACAAAAUAAAUUGAAAAGGUGGUAAUUGCUAUUGCGCUGGCGAGGUACGUUAAAAGAGUAUUACCUUUCCGAGGGCAUUGCUACAAAUUAUAUUAUAACAUAGGCCUUUUUCACAGCUGACAGUAUAACGUGUCAGACUAGAAAAAGCACAGGUGUAACUAACAUCAUUAUUGAUGGCUUUGUUCACCAGUGAGCCAUAAGCGUGCCAGCAUGCACAGUAACAGGACCCUGAAACUGGAGCAGCUAAAUGGGAUUUAGUCAGCAUUAAUUUGAUUAUUACUAUCAUGAACCGUGUUUAUAAAGAUUUGCUGAGUGGUGGAUGAAGGAGAUGCCACACGUUACCAUCGUUGAAGCUAAUGUACUAUCAUCAGAGGCUGUACUACACAAUGCAAAGAAAGAACCAUGUAACUUUGUCCAGCUGCACACCUAGAAGAACCGCUAUAUUUGCCAGCUGGGUGGAAUAAAUGUUGAAUUAGAGAGACUAAUGUGUAUGUGGCCAGUAUGCAACCUGCUCUUAGAGGGCACGGGUUCCGGCCUGUGUUAUUUUUGGUGUUUUUUCACACCCGCAAAAUAUUUUGGCACACAUGAAAUUAGCAGUUUUGAGAUAAACGUGUAGUUAUAAAACUGUUUCAGCUGUAUUAAUAUUAUUAUUUUGGAGCCUAAACACAAUAUCUUUCCUUGUUAAACAUGUAUAGUCUUUAACUGGAAAUGUUUAAUGUUAUUGAAUUAUGAUCCA